GCUGGUCUGCCUGUGCUAGAGAGAGGGUGAGAGAGCGAGCCAAAGGAAAUAAGUGCUCCUCCUGGAUCUUAUCGGAGCCCUCUCUCCCCUCUCUCGCCUUCCCCUCUCCGUCGUGCUUUCGGCUUGUGUCAGUUUAAGUUGGGGAGGCCCUGGAGAGGACACAAUGGAGCGAAGAGCCUGUGGCAACUGGGCCGUUGUACUGCUGAGAGGGGGAUGGGGUAGAGAGAGGACCGGUUCACACAGCUAACAGCCUGCCGGCUGUAGGCUUCCACAGCCUUUCCUUCCCCGGCUGGACCCACUGUUUCCAGGCUGGGGCCUUUUUUGUGGAGCAGCCACCCUCAAACUCCGCUUGGAAGACACUAAGGAUUACUCACCGUGUUCUGUUGGAUUACAUACUGGUGCCUGAAGAACAAAUUUCUUCUGUGUUUUGGAUGAGAGAAAAAGAGAAAACAAACUUCUGUGUAAUUCGUCUUGCCCUUUUUCGGUUUUUGGUUUCUGUUUCUGUUUAGUGGAAUUCAUAAAUGGAUUACAAGAUGCAUGCCAAGUCAAACGAUUUGCUGGAUUUCCAAAAACUGGACGCCCUUCUGGAAAAAAUUGCACAUUCAGUCUCUGUGAAAAGAGAGUCCAGCGAGGAGUGCAAUGGGAUCAGUGGUGCUCUGUCAGUGGAGUCUGUGCCGGGGCCAAGACUGAACUGGUGUCCUGCCAACACCACUACACCUGCCCCUGCGGCUCCAGCUCCCGCUCCGGGGCCCGAGCCCAUGCCCAACCCUGUAAAAAUGGGGGACGGCCUGGAUGCAGCGCAGAUGUCGGGCAGCAGCGGCAGCAGCAGCAGCAGCCACCAGGGGCAGGCCCAGACACUUGGCAACCCCCCACCCCCAGAGUACAUCAAUCCCAACAGGCCAAAGCGCCAGACCAAUCAGCUGCAGUACCUGCUCAAGGUGGUGGUGAAGGCCCUGUGGAAGCACCAGUUUGCCUGGCCCUUUCACAUACCGGUGGAUGCGAUCAAACUAAACCUGCCUGACUACUACACAAUAAUCAAAACUCCUAUGGACAUGGGAACAAUCAAGAAAAGGCUUGAGAACAGUUACUACUGGAACGCCCAAGAAUGUAUCCAAGACUUCAACACAAUGUUUACCAACUGCUACAUAUACAACAAGCCUGGAGAUGACAUAGUCUUAAUGGCUGAGGCUCUAGAGAAGGUUUUCCUCCAAAGGGUCACAGAAAUGCCUCAGGAAGAAAUCGAGAUUGUUGUCAUGACAGGAAAGGGACGUGGCCGCGGCCGAAGAGACGCAAGUCAAAACUUGAAACCAGGGGCCAUCACUGAUUCUUCGUCCACAACUCCUCAAACACGUGGUCUGUCGAACCUCUCAGCAGCACCGCAGACCAGAGGACCAGUGCAGGGCCCGCCUUCACUACCUCCCCAGCCUUUGAUGCAGGCCCUGCCGUCCCACGUGCCCCCAACGUUACCCAGCCACGCACCACAGCUCGGAGCUCCCUACUCCUUGGGCCAGUCAGACUGUGCUCCUCAAGUUCCCAUCAUGACUUCUGUGCCGCCUCCUGCUCAGACCCCCCUUCCCCAAUCCAUCCAGAGCACUGCCCCCAUGAUGCAGAACCCUAUAACCAUGACCAAACAAAGAAAGAGCCAGAAAAGGAAAGCUGACACUACAACGCCCACAGCAAACGACCAACUGAGUGAGUCUUCACCGGCAGAGUCCAAAUCUGGGAAGACACUACCCAGGCGAGAGAGUUCCCGGCCUUCAAAACUGAUAAAGAAGGAUGCACCGGACUCCCAGCAUCACAUAGGCAUAGGGAUGGGACUGAGUGGACCAAGUGGAGGUCAUAGCCCCAAACCACAGGAUCAGAUGGGAUACUGCGCUAGUCUGGUCAGGGAAAUGCUAUCCAAGAAGCACGCUGCUUAUGCCUGGCCAUUCUACAAACCUGUUGAUGUGGAUGCACUGGGACUACAUGAUUAUCACGAUAUCAUCAAAUAUCCAAUGGACCUCAGCACUAUCAAGGCCAAGCUGGAGAACAGGCAAUACCGGGAACCCCAGGAGUUUGCUGCUGAUGUGCGAUUAAUGUUUUCCAACUGCUACAAAUAUAAUCCACCAGACCACGAGGUGGUAGCUAUGGCACGCAAGCUCCAGGAUGUCUUUGAGAUGCGCUUUGCCAAGAUGCCAGAUGAACCUGAGAGCAAGCCUCUGGUACCUGCCCCAGCUCCUACACUUCACCAUCCUGCCCCCGUCAAGCCCCAGCCUCCUUUGGCCCACGUCGCCUCGUCUUCAGACAGCUCCAGUGACUCGUCCUCUGAGUCUGAGUCUUCCACAGAUGACUCUGAAGAGGAGAGAGCGCAGAGGUUGGCAGAGCUCCAGGAGCAGUUGAAGGCUGUCCAUGAGCAGCUGGCUGCCUUGUCCCAACCACAAGCCAGCAAACCAAAGAGAAAAGAGAAGGAAAAGAAGGAGAAGAAGAAAGAAAAGCAUAAGAAGAAAGGAGGCAUGUCUGGCCUUGUAGAUGAGAUCCAGGAUGCUACACCUGUUCCGCAGCUCUCCAAGAAGACCAAGAACAGUAACAAUAACAACAAAGAGGUUGUUCCCAAGAAGAAACCCAGUAAAAAGGAAGCGAUGAAAAGCAAUUAUCCUUCCAACGUGCUGCCGGUUCCCAACCUGGAAGAUGAUCUGGGGGCUGCUGGGUCAUCAGCGACAGGGGAAAAGUGCAAGCCUAUGACGUAUGAGGAGAAGAGGCAGCUGAGCUUGGACAUCAACAAGCUUCCCGGUGACAAGCUCGGCCGUGUAGUGCAUAUCAUCCAGUCCAGAGAGCCCUCACUCAAAAACUCGAACCCUGACGAGAUCGAGAUUGACUUUGAGACACUAAAGCCUUCGACUCUGCGCGAGCUGGAGAGAUAUGUGUCUUCCUGCCUCCGAAAGAAGAAGAAGGUUCCAGUUGAGAAGCCUGUGGAGUCCAUGGCUACCUCCAAAAAGACUGGAUCCUCUUCAGAGAGCAGUGGCUCCAGUUCAGACAGUGAAGCUGAGGGGACAGGAAUAAUAAAGCAUCAGAAGAAGAAGGGCCAGUCUGUGAAGGAGGGGAAGAAGACACAUCCUCAUGUACAUGCUCAGAGUGGCCCCACUCAGACUGGGCUUCAUUCCCAAAUUGCAGGCCUUCAGUCCAGCAGUCAGAUGAAGCAGCAGCAUCAGCCCUCUCCUGCAGGCUUCAUUGCCCCCCCUGUAGCUGCUCUGGAGUCUUCCCAGUUACUGGAGACUAGCUUCGAGUCCCUGCCGCCUUUCGGCCAGCCCCUCAUGCACCUGUCCCACCACACAGGCAACUCCUCCUCACCUGCACCUCCACACCUCAACGCUCAUUCUGCUGGGCCAGUGUCCCCUGAGACCCACCCCUUCCUCAACCAGCAUCCCGUCCUCCCAUCUCCAGCCUUGCACAUUUCCAUGCCUCAGCAGCCUUCUCGACCCAGUCACAAGGCAGCGCCUCUUCAUCCCAAACCCCCUCAGCAGCAACCAGCACCUCCUCAGCAGCAGCCAACUCUGCAACAGCAGCAGCAACAACAGCAGCAGCAGCAACAACAGCAGCAGCAGCAGCAGCAGCAGCAGCAGCAGCUCCAGCCCCAGGCAGCAGCACCACCACCACAGCACCAGCUCCCCUCUCAGAUCCUCCACCCUCCUCAGCCCCUGCACCAGCGGCCUAUGUCACCUCCAACGCUCACACCCCAGGGCUUGCUGUCUUCCCAGCCUCCCCAGAUGCUGCUGGAGGAUGAUGAAGAGCCAGGGUCUACAACGCCUCUGAACCAAGUACAGUUAUACCUGCAGCAGUUCCAACAAGCCCGUCAGCCCCAGCAGUCCAUGCAGUCGCUCCAGGCGCAGGCUCGUCAGCAGCAGCAGCAGCAGCAGCAGCAGCAACAACAACAACCAGGACAGAUCUCCCUACUGCAGUCUGUACAGACACAAUCUCAACUCUCCUCCCAGACCACGCUGCCUCCUCCCCAGCUUCCUAUUCAGUCCCAGGCUCAGCCAGCCCCGUCACAUCAGGCCCCGCCCCAACAGAUGCCUCUACACCAGGCCCGCCACAUGCAGCAUGCUCAGCCGCAGCAACAGCAGCCACAACCGCAACAAAUGAACUACCAGCAGGGUACUGGCCUAGCUGGUCAGCCCCAGGUAUCACAACACAAGGUAUCCAUGCCCACCAACAAAGCACAGCAGAUCAUCCAGCAGCAGCAAGAGCAGCCCUCCCCUCGCCUCACCAAGGCCGACCCUUACAAUGCAGGUCACAUGAGGGACAACCCAUCCCCUCUCAUGAUGCAUUCCCCACAACUUCCCCAGUAUCCACCUGUAUCUCACCAGUCUCCAUCUCACAACAAAAAGCAGAGAGCCCCUGGGAGCCAUGGUGGAGUAAAGGAGGAGAAACUGCCUCCAUCACCAGUGAUGAGAGGAGAGCCAUUUAAUCCUGCAAUGAGACCAGACCAUCACAAACAUCCUGACAACAAGCCUUCUCAACCAGGCCACAGCCAACAGAAUGUGAAGUCUAUGGACGGCUUGCGACCUGUCAUCCGCUCCUCCGAGUCCAGUGGACCACCCUCCUCUUUGCAAGACAAGGAGAAGUUCAAACAGGAGUCCAAGGUGCCCAUUGCCCCCAAAAAGGUACAGGAUGUGAAACUGAAGAAUAUGGGUUCAUGGGCCAGCCUGGCACAAAAGUCUACGUCUACACCCUUAUCUGCAGUGAAGUCAUCAAGCGACAGUUUCGAGCAGUUCCGUCGUGCCGCCCGGGAGAAAGAGGAGAGGGAGAAAGCCCUGAAGGCCCAAGCCGAGCAAGCGGAAAAAGACAGGCUGCGCAGAGAGCAGGACAAACUACGAGGUCGAGAUGAAGAGGACAUCAUGGAGCCAAGCAGAAGGGUGCACGAGGAGCCACGCAGACGUCUGGAGCAGCAACACAUUCAAGCUCCUUCACAACAGCAACAACAACAGCAGCAGCAGCAGCAGCAACAGCAGGACCCACAGCCAGCUGCCAUCCAGCAGCCUCCACAACCCCCCACUCCGCCUCAGCCCACCGCACAGAACCCACUCGACCAACAGAGGGAGCUAGCACGCCGCCGAGAGCAGGAGAGGAGGAGGCGAGAAGCGAUGGCGGCAACUAUUGACAUGAAUUUCCAAAGUGACUUAAUGGCUAUCUUUGAGGAGAACCUGUUUUGAGGAGAGGAGCAACGGAAACGUAACUGCAAAAAAAAACCUAAAAAGAAAAAAAAAAAAGAAGAAAGAAAAAACUUUGAUAAUGUAAACUUCCUCUAAAGAGAGAUUUGGCGAACAUGCACCACAGAGGGACACGGACUGUUAUGUAGAUGUGACGGGCCCUCGGAGUACAAACGCUGGAUGGGCGCUCACAUGUCGCUGUGCCCCUGUGGACUGAACACACACACACACACACACACAGACAACACAACGGGGGACAGUCUCAUUGUUCUGGAUGUCAUUUCCUGGGAAUCGCCUGCCAGAUAUCUCGUAACGGGAAGCAGAGGACCCCUGUCGGCACAGUUGCCUUUGUCACUUGCUUCUUAACAAUGUUUGUGGGUGCAACGAUAAAUCGCAAAAGUAAGGACAUCCCAAUAACUAUGAAAAUGCUCUGAUAAUGUACUGACAGACUGCGCAGAGGUGUUUUUGAAACUGCCAGAUGUCUGAGGUGGUGAAGAAGACUGGUCUUUUAUGUUCUGUUUUGUUUUGAUUGUUGUAAGUGAACAAAUGACAUGGAUCGGGGGUGGGCAGGGCGGGCGGGGGGGCAACUUCCACACUGUAAAUCAUGUAUAUUUCUCAGCAGAGAAGGUACAGUUUGCCUUACACCUCUUUUCCUAAACAGACCAUUAUGUUCUGUGGCCUGCACACAUGGACAAACCAAUAACAUUUACAACCAGGAGAAGGAGCAGACCUUUUUUCAUCAUCUAGUAUCUACUGUAAAGAAGUAUUUUCUUAUACUACGAUAACUGUUUAUUUUGGAUCUUUCUUUUUUCUUUUUCCUCUUUAGGUCUUUGAAUCGCACCAUCACACUCCACCACCUAUGUCUAUGCCAAACAAACCCAUUAUCUUUUAUGCUAAAUUACUUGUCCUAAAACAUGGUAGGUAGCUAGUGUCAAAAAACAACCCUGAAUAUAUGCAUUAACAUAGGUCCAGCAAGUAUUUAUCAAAAACAGAAUCAAGUUUUCAUCCUGCCUUGUAUUUUUUUUUUUUUAGUUAAAGCUACAACAGGAACUUGUUAGCUGAAGAGAAGGGGGGAAAGCUUUAGUUGGAAUAUUUCAGUACAAGUUUCGCACCAUUUAUUGUAUUACACUUAGAGACAUAACGUUGGAUAUCAUCAGCCUGUUUGCAACAGUCACACUAAUGGAUCAGUUAAAAAAAACGAGAAGAUAAGGAGCCCCUCGCUGCUCCCUCCGUGUGCGCUCUGAUCUUACCUCGAGGUUUUGAUCAAAUGUCAACAGGCAGAGCGCUCGAGGCAGGACGGGAACAAUCAGGGGAAUAAGACAAACACUUUCUGUAGCUGUUAACUUGAAUCAGUUUUAGUUUAAAAAAAAUAAAGAAAGAAAGGAAAAUAGCUGAAGGGACCGGAAGGAGUCGCAUCACAUCGUCUUCUAAUUCACCGAGGGCACACUGUCAAGAGUACAAAAUAAAAAGACAAAAGUUAAGAAGCAGAAAACUCUGAAAAAACAGUUUUGAUUUUUAUGCUUUGUUCUUGUUCAAUAAAUAGUGGAUGUGAGUUAUAAUUCUGUUCUCGGAGACUUUGUUUGGACCGGGGACAGGCCGAAAUCUGAAUGCAUCUCGUCCUCUUCACUCGUCUCUUAUGGUGUUUUUUCUCCAGUGCCUGUAUUGUAUUGCAAUUCUCGUUGGCUUAUAUUACACUUCGAGGGGGUGGGGGGGUUUAGAAAAGGGGGCAGGUCAGGACUGGGUGGUGUAAUAUUUGAACGGGGAGGGAGAUUUUUGAAAGAGUUUGUGUAAAAAAAUAAAAAAGUAAUUUAAAAAAAAAAAGAAACAAAAAAAAAAGGAAAAGACAGCGUUUUAUAUUUUACCCGUUGUCAAUAUUCGGGUUUUAAAUUUAGUUUUAGCUGGACUUCUAUGAGUGUACACAUCUGACAACAACUUUCUCAUUUUGUUCAAUCAGCGGAUUUUAGGUAGAUAUGUUUCAGCGUUGCCACACUAGCGUUUGGUCUGUGAGUGUGACUGUGUAAAUUUGGAGGGCUGCGUGACUGUGUGUUUUGUUUUUGUUGAUUUUUUUUUUUUUUAUAUAUAUUAAAGUGUGUGGUGCAGGAGGCAUGUUCCCCGAUGUAGAUAAGCAUUCUAUUGAUGAGGAGCGUAAACAGAUAAACAGUACUUCAGGAGAACUUGUUCCUGUGCUUAAAGUCACCUUUUUAAUUCACUAUGAAGUCCACCAUAUAUGAAUAUAGAAUUUUUAUUAUUAGACUGGUUUUUGAAAAGGGUUAGACAACAAAAAAAAAAACUUCAUUCCUUUUAGCCUCUUUCCUUUUCACGAUAACUGUUGGACAUAAUGUGCCAUGAGUUCUACAGAGAAUGUGCUGACCUGCAGCUCAGCCCAGAGUUUGCUUUAUUCAGGUAUUUUAUUUUGUGUUACAUUUGUUCUGUUUUGGGGGUUUUGUUUCAAACAUUUUCCUCGAUUUAUUGUUUGGUAUGUGAGUGGUCUAUCGAGGUCUCUGAUUCAGUCUGUUAUGAUCAUUGAAUAAACUCAUCUCUUUUAUAGAAAAUAAAAAAA